AUGGAGAAGAAGCUGACUAAAAAUAAACUUCUAGAACUAAAAACAAUCGAAAGUAAGAACAAUCUCAGAAAUGAGAUCCUACAGAUCAAUAAUCUAGCAAUGGAAUACUGUAAAGGUGAAUUAUAUGAUAAGUGUAUAAAAUAACAUCGAUAAGGCAAACCAUCUGAUAGAGCUACAUUUCCCGAAGAACUUUAGGUCCCAGAGGAACUCCAUCGUGGGGUAUAUAAACCAGGUCUUUAGAUACCAGCUGAUCUCGGUUACUUAUAACAAUUGAGCAUGUUUGUAUAAAUAAAAAGAGCAAGCUCCUUCUUGCAUUCAAGUGACUCCAAUUCGCUCUGAAUGCAGACAAGGAUUUACUCAGGCUUUUUGAGAAUAUAUCAGAGAUCAGGUCACGACAGAAGUUUGAGGCUUUAGAUAAUGAAGAACAACUUGAUAAACUUAGACUGAAUGAUUCAUACAGAAAUGAUAUGGCAAGUACUUAUUUGAACAUGUGUGCUGUUCUUUCCUUGAUGAAAACCCAUGAUAAAGCACUUGGCAUGGCACAGAAGGCCAUUGAGAUAAUUACCAACCAGAGAAAUGUCUAUUGAUUUGACCUAGAAACAACCGUUAAAAAGCUUGAAGAUAAGCUCAAGAUCACUCUUGCUGCUGGUUAUUACAACAAAGCUGUCGAAUUAGAAUAUCUAAAUCAGCAAAAAUAAAUUAAAAAGAGAGUACUCUCUUAUGUCUUAUUCUUCAAUUAAAUAACGCCAUUAUUGUAUGUAACAGUAUUCCAAAAGCAAAGGACUUGGAAAUUUACCAAGAAAUUAUGAAAUUCAACAAGAAAAUUCACAUUGUAAACCAGAUCAGGGUGUCUAGUAGAGGCUCUAGCCGUAGUACCCAGAAGAGAAUCUUCAGCCCACCAGCGUUCUCGAUACCAAAAGGAGAGACUAGUCAGUUUCAGAAUUUUUGGGCAAGCAGUCCAAAGUCAUCUGAUGGAACUAUUAAACCAAUGUAUUACUCAAGAACAAACGAAGAGAAAGCGAUUCCAUUCUUUCAAAACCGGAAGCAAUCCAAGGGAGAAAGAGUCAAAGGUGACCAGGCAGACAUAGGCCUUUCCUUCCCAUCGCCUAAGAAUAGCAUUGAUGAGAGAGAGUCUGAUAGCGAUAAUCAGCCCUAUAACCAACGAAACAUGAUUCACCAAAUGAAUUAUACUACCACUAGGAGGCAGAUGCCUCAAAUUUUGAAGUACAACUUCAAAAAUUCUUAUGCACUACCAAUAAAAUAACUCUUCAAAAACCAGUUUUGAAGUGCAGCCAAUUCCUGCCUUCAAGAGGUCGAUAGUACAAAUCCCUACCACGAACAGCAUAGGAAAUAUCAGCAAUAACAGUGGUGGGAGCAAGAACUGAGGUUCUGAAAGACUCUAUAUUGAUGAAUCCGAUUUCAUACAGUCAAAAAUGAUGGAGAUUGAGAAAGUGCAUAGAUCCCGAAAGAAAAAGAACAGAAGCACAAGACCAGUAGUUCCUAGAUUUUAAAUUUAUUCAAUUCAACUCUUUUACUAA